AUGUCCGUUUACCCAUCACCUUAUCUCAACCUUUUGCACGUUGUUAUGAUGGAUUGGGAUUCAGAAGACGAAGGAAACAUAGACCCAUUUUUUGGUUUACAUGAGUCUUUCUCUGGUCUUAAUGAGAUGAAUUUUGAGCUUCAUAGCAUCUACAUGGAUCAUGAACCAGACGAGGAGUUCGUUACUCCAUUGGACAAGUGUAAAGAUGCAUUUCUUAAUGUGUUACUAACUGAUGAAAAAAUUAGAAAUUCUAGUUUGACUAAUGAUGUAAGAGCACAAGUGUAUCAUGGUGGUGACUUGCAAAGUGAUGAAGAUGAAGAAGAGCAAGAUUAG